AUGCUCAGGGGUGAUAAUGAUACCCUUGAGCCGAUCGAAGAGAAGCCACAAGUCUCCCACGCAAGGACAUUUGGCCCCCAGAAAAGCGAGUUCGAGCGUCGCAAGGCUGAAUUCUAUCUGAUGCGCGAAAUUCAAGCGAAAUCGGCCACACGGAGAAAAUGGGUGGCCAUGUCUAUUUCCACAUUCUCAUGGCUUGUUCUGUGGUUACUGGGCGCACUUGUCUUCCAUAAAGCAGAAUACGCUUACCAAGGCUGGUCAUACUUUGAUGCGGUCUACUUUUGCUUCGAAGCCUGGACGACGCUCGGAUACGGCGAUCUAAGCCCAGUGUCUAAUGCUGGUAGAUCCUUUUAUGUCUUUUGGUCUCUUCUUGCCCUGCCCACCAUGACAGUGCUGAUAUCAAACGCGAGCGGUACUGUAGUUCGAAUUAUCCGAGAUGUUAUUAUCUUUGUUGGAGAUGUCACGAUCCUGCCAAAUGGUAGAGGUCUUAUCCGAAAUGCCAAGAGUCUCUUGAACAAGAUAUCACUCAACAAAGUUUUCCCUGGUCAAGAUCUUGACUCUUCGAUGUCUAUCACAGAACCAACAAACAUAGAGAGACGUUCAGCUGGGGCCACGGCGGAGUCUCAUGGCGCUCGGUUUUAUCGAGAUACCAGGUCGUUUGGAUCCGGAACACUAGCUUCUGCUAUGAGAUGCCUGCAGAACACCGAUGUUCGAUCGAUUUCCACUCCUGAACUUCAUAAUUUCAACAGUAGCUCGACAUCGGCAAGUCUUCAACUUCUCCUUCUAUCCGAGAUCCGGACCGUUACCAGUCACCUCAAAGAGUCCGAGCCGCACCAUUAUAGCUAUGAUCAAUGGGUCUGGUAUCUGAAGCUAAUCGGGGAGGAUGAGCAUAACCCACAGACGCAUUGCCGAGUAGAGCUAGAGAUUGCUCAAGAAACUAGUCACGGAGAUGGCUCAGACGGAGGUCAAAAGUGGUCGUGGAUAGGAAAUCGUAGCCCUUUGUUAAGUACACAGCAAGAGAGCGAAUGGAUUCUGCACAGGUUGAUGGAUAGAUUACAAGAUUCCUUACUAAAUGUGAGGACAUAG